AACUUAAGUGGCAGUGUUAUCCUGAAAUCCUCAGGCAGCCAGACCGUCUUAGGCAAACCUUGAUAAAAGAGUCCUUAUCCAGGUUUUUAAUCUAAGGAAUCCCGAGUAGACUGGAGAAUGGAGGGGCAGCAAAGGUUCAUGUCAGAGAGCGACGAGUAUCAGUUUCAACAUCAGGGAGCGGUGGAGCUGCUUGUCUUUAAUUUUUUGCUCAUCCUUACCAUUUUGACAAUCUGGCUAUUUAAAAAUCAUCGAUUUCGCUUCUUGCAUGAAACCGGAGGAGCGAUGGUGUACGGCCUUGUAAUGGGAUUAAUUUUACGAUAUGCUACAGCACCAACUGAUAUUGAAAGUGGAACUGUGUAUGAUUGUGGAAAACUGGUCUUCAGCCCUUCAACUCUACUGAUUAAUAUCACUGACCAAGUUUAUGAAUAUAAAUACAAGAGAGAAAUAAGCCAGCACAACAUCAAUCCUCAUCAAGGCAACGCUAUACUUGAAAAGAUGACAUUUGAUCCAGAAAUCUUCUUCAAUGUUUUACUACCACCAAUUAUAUUUCAUGCCGGAUAUAGCCUAAAGAAGAGACACUUUUUUCAGAACUUAGGAUCUAUUUUAACAUAUGCCUUCUUGGGAACUGCCAUCUCCUGUAUCGUCAUAGGGUUAAUUAUGUAUGGCUUUGUGAAGGCUAUGGUAUAUGCUGACCAGCUGAAAAAUGGAGACUUUCAUUUCACUGACUGUUUGUUUUUUGGUUCACUGAUGUCUGCUACAGAUCCAGUGACGGUGUUGGCCAUUUUCCAUGAACUGCAUGUCGACCCCGACCUGUACACACUCUUGUUUGGGGAGAGUGUGUUGAAUGAUGCAGUUGCCAUAGUCCUUACAUAUUCUAUAUCCAUUUACAGUCCCAAGGAGAAUCCAAAUGCAUUUGAUGCUGCAGCAUUCUUCCAGUCCGUGGGGAAUUUCCUGGGGAUCUUCGCCGGCUCAUUUGCCAUGGGGUCUGCGUAUGCUGUUGUCACGGCACUGUUGACCAAAUUUACCAAACUGUGUGAGUUCCCUAUGCUGGAAACGGGCCUGUUUUUCCUCCUGUCUUGGAGCGCCUUCCUGUCUGCCGAGGCCGCUGGCCUAACAGGGAUAGUUGCUGUUCUCUUCUGUGGAGUCACACAGGCACAUUAUACCUACAACAAUCUGUCGCUGGAUUCCAAAAUGAGGACUAAACAGUUGUUUGAAUUUAUGAACUUCUUGGCUGAGAACGUCAUCUUCUGUUACAUGGGCCUGGCGCUGUUCACGUUCCAGAAUCAUAUCUUUAAUGCUCUUUUCAUACUUGGAGCCUUUCUGGCAAUUUUUGUAGCCAGAGCAUGCAACAUAUAUCCCCUCUCCUUCCUCCUGAAUCUGGGCCGGAAACACAAGAUCCCCUGGAACUUUCAGCACAUGAUGAUGUUUUCAGGUUUGCGAGGAGCGAUAGCUUUUGCCUUAGCUAUUCGGAACACUGAAUCGCAGCCCAAGCAAAUGAUGUUUACCACCACUCUGCUCCUCGUGUUCUUCACAGUCUGGGUAUUCGGAGGAGGAACAACCCCCAUGCUGACUUGGCUUCAGAUCAGGGUUGGUGUGGACCUGGAUGAGGACCAGAAGGAGGAAGAGCCCUCUUCACACCAGGCAACAAACAACUCUGGCAAAAGCACGACAAAAACAGAGAGUGCCUGGCUCUUCAGAAUGUGGUACAGCUUUGACCACAGAUAUCUGAAACCAAUUUUAACCCACUCUGGUCCCCCGCUGACCACAACGUUACCUGAAUGGUGCGGCCCAAUUUCCAGACUGCUCACCAGUCCUCAGGCCUAUGGGGGACAGCUCAAAGAGGAUGAUGUAGAAUGUAUUGUAAACCAGGAUGAACUGGCCAUGAAUUACCAGGAGCAAGCGGCCUCACCGUGCAGCCCUCCUGCGAGGCCGGGUCUGGACCAGAAAGCUUCACCCCAGACUCCAAGCAAGGAAAACAUUUAUGAGGGGGACCUCGGCCUAGGAGGCUAUGAACUCAAGCUUGAGCAAACUCCGGGUCAAUCCCAGCUGAAUUAAUGGGCGUGAACAGUGCCGAGGUAAUCACAAGGUAAUGCAGGGAUCACUGAGGAUCAAGCCAAGCCGACGGGUCUGCGUGGAGGAGGGGCUGGAAAGUGUAUGAAGAGCAUAAAUUGGAGAGAUUCAAAACCUUAUCACGUGUAUCCUCUGGUGCCUGCAGAAAUGAGAAUUUAUCAUCCCUCUAUAUCACACAACUGCAUUUAA